UUUUAACGAUCAAAAAUGGUUCUAUCCUUUAAUACUUGCUCACUCAUUCUUCUACAAAUAGAGGCUAAAAACUAAAAAAAGAGAACACACUCAUCUCCUAAAUUCCUUACCUAAUAUUUUCUUAAGAUAAGCGAAAAAUCAUGGCAGAAGCGUCUAGUUUGGUGGGGAAACUUGAGACAGAAGUGGAGAUCAAAGCUUCGGCUGGAAAGUUUCAUCACAUGUUUGCCGGACCACACCAUGUCUCCAAAGCAACUCCAGAUAAAAUUCAUGGAUGUGAGCUGCACGAAGGCGACUGGGGCAAAGUCGGCUCUAUCGUCAUCUGGAAAUACGUUCAUGAUGGAAAGUUAACAGUGGCAAAGAAUAGGAUCGAUGCGGUGGAUCCGGAGAAGAACCUGAUCACGUUCAAGGUUUUAGAAGGUGAUCUGAUGAAAGAAUAUAAGAGCUUCGCAUUCACAAUCCAAGUGACCCCUAAACAAGGAGCGCCAGGGAGUAUUGUGCACUGGCACCUUGACUAUGAGAAAAUUAGCGAGGAGGUGGCUCAUCCCGAAACUCUCCUCCAAUUCUGUGUCGAGAUCUCCAAAGAGAUCGACGAACAUCUCUUGUCCGAGGAAUAGAAAAUUACUCCUCGUAUGUGUGUGUGUCUUUGAACCUGCAAUAAAUAAUGAACGGUCGGAGUAUAUGUAAGAGAUAUAUGUGUUGGUGUGUGUCAUGCGUGUAUGCUUACUACUACGGUUGAGUUAUGUUUGAAGUUCAGUCUGAUGGAACGUGUGGUAGUAUUAGCGAAAUAACUUCAAAGCUUAUGUAUGUUACGAUCCUCUUGUUUGGUUUAUAAUAUUUUAUAUUUUGAUUUUGAUU